UCCGACCGCUCGUGCCCUCAAUUUCCCACCGCUUUCCUUGAUUCCCGCUUGUCUAUGAUUCGCGCUUGUCCAUGACGAGUCAAAGAAGGCGAGCUGUGGAGAAGCGUGAAUCGAUCAACCACCUGUUCUCUCUCUCUCUCUCAAAAGUGACCGGAACUUGUUCUCGACGGAUUCAAAUCAGAUCAGAUUCACAGUCCGGGCGCCUCGCAGGUUACUAACAUCAACAAACUCAGAUCCUUGUUGGCAGUAUGGAUUCUCUCAUUUCAAGCAGGGGGAAGAUUCAAUCCGUGCCGGAAUCAUAUAUUUUUCCACCAGAGACACGACCCAGUGACCUAGUAACUCCUUUAUUGAAGACCAUACCAGUGAUUGAUCUUGAAACACGGGGCCACCGUCGCAAUGAAUUAAUUCAGCAUAUCAUCAAAGCUAGCCAAGAGCAUGGAUUCUUUCAGUUGACAAACCAUGGUGUCUCGGAGGAGUUAAUGAAUGAUGUAUUGACGAUGGGAGCUGAAUUUUUUAGUUUGCCUGAAGAGGACAAGGCAAGAUACUAUGAGACAUCCCCGUCUCCUGAGGUUUGUAGGCUUAAAACAAGCAUUGAGUAUGCAGACGAGAAGGUCCAUUUCUGGAGAGAUAAUUUUCGGCACCCUUGCCACCCCCUGGAGGACUACAUUCAGCUUUGGCCUGAAAAUCCACCUCGGUACAGAGAGGUGGUUGGACGUUUUUCAGUCGAGGUGAGGAGGCUGUCUCUGCAGCUGUUGAAUUUAAUUUGUGAAGGAUUAGGUCUUGAACAGGGUUACUUUGAGGAAAGGCUCAGUCACCGUCAAGUUUUCUCUAUUAAUCACUAUCCCCCAUGCCCCGACCCAACCUCUGUCUUGGGAUUGCCUAAACAUGCCGAUCCUUACCUCAUCACCCUUCUUAACCAAGGCCAUCUACCUGGGCUUCAAGUCUUGAAAGACGGGGAAUGGCUGGGUGUUGAGCCCCUUCCCAAUGCAUUUGUGGUUAAUAUAAAUCACAUGUUACAGGUAAUCAGCAAUGGGAAGCUGAAGAGCGCUGAUCAUCGAGUCGUGACAAACUCAAAAGCUGCAAGAACAACAGUCGUUAGCUUCAUCCUUCCUUCUAGCGAUUGCGUAAUAGAGCCUGCCAAAUCACUGGUGAAUGAGCACAAUCCGGCGCUGUACAGUGCUUUUAAGUUCGGAGAUUUUCUCAAAACUUAUGCCAUGCAUACUCGUGAAGGUAAGGAUCCGCUGGUAGAUUAUAUGAUCCAAUCUUAAAGUUUGUUCAGGAACAUGUGCAUGACUUGAAAAAGGUAAUUUGUGUUGGUGUAGGUGUUUUAGACCCAAUUAAAUUGGGCAUGUUGUAUACUGACAAUUACAAUCAUAUUUAUCAUUAAAUAAGAAGUUAUUUAAAUUCACAAGAA